CUGGCUUUCGCAAGGUGCAGUUGCCCCGGCACUAAGAACGAUUCUUGCAACGCGAUGAGCUAACUUUUAUACAAUUGAACAAAGUGAAAUGAGAAAUUUAAGAAAUAUGGGAACUUCCCAAGGAAUACUUUACACACUGAGUCUUUGUCUGCUGCUAUUGGGCAGCAAGCCGUUUGUUGGAGCCCAGGAUGAAUCAUUGGCGGGCAGCUUCCUCUCCGGUCUGUUGGAUACGAUCACCAGCACAGCGGAUGCCAAGGAUUGCCCAGGUGUUUGCGUCCAUACACUGGCCACGCUCAUUUGCUAUGAGGUGCUCGACGACGUUCCCUGCCCCUCGCCAAGCAUGAAGUGCUGCAUAGAGAAUGCGCCUGGCAAAAAUGUAACCGCCGUGACCACUCCUAGAACCACGACAACCACUGCCAGCAGCAGCACCACACAGCGCAGCACCACGACUGUGAGCAGCACCACUAAACGCAGCACUACAACUACAACGACAACCACAACGCCUAAGCCGAAGCCAAAGCCGCAGCCGAAGCGUCCAGCUACCACCACCACCACCACAACCACCAAGAAACCCGCUGCUACCACCAAAAAGACCACGACGAGCAAACCCAAGGAUAAGGUGGAAGCCAGCAAAACGGAAGAUGAGAAUAAGAAUUGCACGGGCGUCUGUGUGGCGGAUCGCAUAGCGGAAUACUGUGAGGCUUACUUGACCAGUGGUGGUCUCUGCAAGGAGGGCACCAAGUGCUGCGUCUCCCUGGAUGAAUACUCCAAUGGCAAACUGCCCAAGGACAUAUACAUACCAGCCAAGCACAUGAGCAAUCUGAAGGGCAAUCAAACUCUGCCCAAGCCCGCAACCAGCAAGACGACUAGCACCACAACAACMACGACUAGCACCACAAGCACCACCACCACUACGCCCGAGCCAGCGCGCACCAAGACCCACAACAAUAACAACAGCCACGCGCAGAGCAAACCCACCAAGCAUAAGAAGACCACCACAACUACCACAACAGAAGCUGCCGCCCAGGAGGAGGAGGAGGAGGAAGAGGAGGAGGAAGAAGAAGAGCAAACUUCAAGCAAUAACAAUAGCAACAAAAACAAACUGAAGUCUGGUCAGGAUCAAGGCCAAGUGCUGAAGGAAUGCGAGGGCGAGUGCAUGAACGGCAUCUUUGCCAUCUUCUGCGAUGAGAUCGAUUCCGAUGCCUUCUGUCCCGGCGAGGGUAGCUGCUGUAUAACGAGCACUGCCUCCGAGUCGACACCUGCUAAGCCGGCGUCGCCCAGCAAGCCAGCCACCAAGAUCGCCAACAAGCCGGCCGCUAAGCCAGCAGCUAAGCCUGCACCACCACCACCACCAGCAAGUACGGCCACCCAGUCUGGUGGAGAUUUGCUCUCCCAGUUCAUAUCCUUUGCCGAAAGCACACUGAACUCACCUGCACCACCACCACCACCGCCUGCACCGCCCGCCGUGCAGCGUUGUCCGGGCUUCUGUCUGCUCAUGCUCAUGGCCGCCUUCUGCGAACGUCCCUCCGUCUUAUUAACGACUCCCACGACCUGCUCCAAGGGCUCAGUUUGCUGUGAUAACUCACGUUCUGGUGCGCCCAAGCCGAAAUUGCCGCCACCAACGGCGCCGCCAACGCCAUCACCCACAGCACCACCCUACGUGCUGCCCCAUACGCCCAGUCCAGAUCCACGCGAGGAAUGCCCCGGCUCCUGCAUUGUCAGCCUGCUUAGCUUCACCUGCUUCAAAAACGCCGAGAUGACAGAUUUGUUUAGAUGCAAGCGCUCCGGUCAGAUCUGUUGCGCGCCCAAGAGCAAAAUCUUGGAGAAGCAGCAGUUCCAGACACGCAAUGACACCUCCUACUUCAACUAUCCGCCGCCGUAUGCACCACAGCCACCGAUGCAGCAGCCACCACCGCCACCGUACGCACCCACCAACUACAUGCCUAAUCAGCCCCAAGGUCCACCACCACCUCCGCACCACGCGCAUGUCUAUCAGCCGGGAUUGCCUCCACCGCCCAGCUAUGCGGAUUAUUAUGGACCCGCACCUGGACCGCAGCCCGCAUUGCCGCCAUCUGCUCCACCCGCACCACCGACAACAACAACGACCACCACGACAACCACGCCACGUCCGCACGUCUACUCCAAGUACGUGUGUGGCGUCAAGGGCACCUUGCGUACGGGUCGCUCCCGCAGCUCGCCCGCUCUCAACUAUGUCUCCUAUGCGCGGGCCAAGUACGGCGUACAGCGCACGGCCAGACAGCUGUCGACAACCUAUGCUGGCGGCAGUGGAACCAUUAACAAGUCAAACGAACGCCUGGUGCUCGGCUCCGCCAUUGUGCCCAUUCAGAUUCACAAUGACAAGCUGGGCGACCUGGUGGGCAGCAGCGGAGUUCAGAGCAAUCAGCUGCGCUCCUAUCACGAUCAGCCAGAGCUGUCGUCGUCGUCGGCGAUUGUCUAUCCGGAAUACUAUCAGCACAACAGCUACUCGAGUCCCGGACAGCUGUCGGCCAACUACAGCACUCGACGUCGUGCGCGCGUGGUUGGCGGCGAGGAUGGAGAAAAUGGCGAGUGGUGCUGGCAGGUGGCGCUCAUCAAUUCGCUCAAUCAGUAUUUGUGUGGUGCAGCGCUCAUUGGCACUCAGUGGGUGCUGACUGCAGCGCAUUGUGUUACCAACAUUGUUCGCUCCGGCGAUGCGAUCUACGUGCGCGUGGGUGACUACGAUCUGACACGUAAGUAUGGCAGUCCGGGCGCCCAGACGCUGCGCGUGGCCACCACGUAUAUACACCACAACCACAAUAGCCAAACGCUGGACAACGACAUUGCGCUGCUCAAGCUGCACGGCCAGGCGGAGCUGCGAGAUGGCGUCUGUUUGGUUUGCCUGCCGGCACGUGGUGUCAGCCAUACGGCGGGCAAGCGCUGUACGGUCACGGGCUACGGAUACAUGGGCGAAGCUGGCCCCAUUCCGUUGCGUGUGCGCGAGGCGGAGAUACCCAUUGUCAGCGAUACGGAGUGCAUUAGGAAGGUGAACGCGGUCACGGAGAAGAUCUUCAUACUGCCCGCUUCCAGCUUCUGUGCCGGCGGCGAGGAGGGACACGAUGCCUGCCAGGGCGAUGGCGGUGGCCCGCUGGUCUGCCAGGACGAUGGCUUCUUCGAGCUGGCCGGCCUCGUCUCUUGGGGCUUCGGCUGCGGUCGGGUGGAUGUGCCCGGUGUUUAUGUGAAGGUCUCCUCGUUCAUAGGCUGGAUCAAUCAGAUAAUAAGCGUCAAUAAUUUAUAGUUGGCCGAGCCAAAGCUAAGUUGGAACCCCGCACUUGUAGCACACUCCUCUCAUCCUUGAUUCGGGAAUGGUCUAUGACUGAGGCUUGGGUUCCCCAAAACCAAUAAUGGGUCUCCGGCAACCUAACCACGACUGUUAACGUAAACCCAAUCCUAGUGUAAUCUAACUCACAUCUACUAACACUACACCCCCCUCCCCCCUCGUAGAACAAACAAAGUAUUCCCCUGAUCCCCUCUUACUAUACUUAUAUACGAUAUAAAUAA